AUGGCGUAUUUUCCCCUAAAAAUGAAUAGGCAAAGACAAAAUGACCGAAGCUUCGUGACUGAUCAUGGCUUGGAGGCUAGGCCUCGUGUGGAAGUGACUGCGCCCACCACUGGCGUGCCCCUGCGGUCGUUUUUAAAGCAAACACAAAACACAAAAGAAAUAGCGCCACUCAAAAACGCGAAUUGCACAAAAGCUCCUUCAAUAAGCAUUGUAGAUAUUGGCAGCUCAAAGGCCUGCUUUGAUGGCGCACUGGAAGGGAGAGACGAAACCGCCGAGGUCCCAACCUCCUUUUGCUUCCACCUAAGGACUCACCCCUCAAAGGAGCCUGCAAGACCUCCUGCUGCUGCACCUCGGGGAGGAACAAACCCCUCAGUUGCUGCACGCUCCGCUUCCUCAGGGGCAGCCACAGCCGGCGUUUCUGAAGGUAAUGCGGCGGCCCCACAGCCGGCUGGAGGCGCUGCUGCAGCUCCCUCAGGGUCUGCUGCAGCAGCGGGGAGUGGAAGCCCCAAAGCUACUCCAGCUACAGAUGCAGCUUCCCCUCGAGCGGCGGACUCCGCACCUGCAGGGUCUGGGCGGCGUCGGCUCUUGGACAGUGAAGAUGACUCUCCAGUGAGGCCUCGCGGCCCCAAGAAGAGCCGGCUUGUAUCUGACAGUUCAGAUGAUGAUGUUGCUCCGCGGAAAACGCGCAUAGCUCCCCGCGCCCAAUCCGAAACAGCGGCGGCCAAGGGGAGCCUGCAGCCAAAGCAGCAGCAGAACGGGACUAGCAAAGCAGCAGCACCACCAGCAAGAUCCAAGGCCCAGACAUCUAAAAGACGCAACAGCGGCAGUGACAGUAGCAGUGGAAGCAGCAGUUGCAGCAGCAGCGGCAGCAGCAGCGGCAGUGACAGCAGCAGCGGCAGCAGCAGCAGCAGCAGCGAGAGUAGCAGCGAAAGCAGCAGUGGGGAGGAGUCCGAUACCCGAUCCAGCAGCCGGGCCAAGUCCCGGACAUCUCCAGGCAAGAAGAAGCAAGCAGGAAAGACAAAAAUGGCGAGACGUCAACAUGUAAAGGCGGAGCAGGGGAAGUCACGGAAUGUACGUACACCUUCAGCUGGCAGGAAAAACGGAGACACUGCAGACAGCGACGAGGACGGGCAAGAAGAAGAGAUAAGCAUGGGGGCGUUUGAUCCCAAAAAGAGGAGCGCAAAGGACAGGCUCGUCGCUCAAUUCCUCAGACGGCAAUGGCCGCCGGAGGACUUUGAUUAUUCGAAAGAAUUGGAAAAGAGAAAGCUGAAGUGGGUCUCUUUAGAGGAGUACGAAGACUUAGAUGAUGUGGAUAAGAACGGAUAUACAAAAGUGUACCAAAUUUCCGCAUUUCCGGGCGUGUUCCGGGACCCCCACGGUAACGCGAUAGACUUGCGGCCUGAAGAGGGGCGUCCUUGCUACAAGAACGCAAAGCAGCUAUCGGAGUUGGAGUUGUUGCAGCUAAUAGCAAAAGCCGUCAAGGGGCAAAUGGCGGCGCUGCAGAGUUCACCCUUCGAUGAGACAGCGCUGCAACGAGCUUUGCAACAAGAGCUGGAAGAAGUGGAGUCGGAGUUUAAACAAAUGCAGAAGCGCGCAGAGGCUGCUAAGGGCCGCGCCUGA